ACGUGUUUGUUGUAACUCGUUCCCUUCCCAAUUUUGAGACACAGCACUAUUUGUACCGAGGAGGAAACGUGUAGCCUGUAAAGCGGCACUGCGGCAGCGCCGUAUCACUGCGCCUCGGUCCCCCUUCUCCGGGAUCCUGAAGCUCGGAUCUGGGGAGAGUAGGAGGAGAUACCCUAUGGUUUCCCCUUUGCGGAAUUCAUUUUGUCAGCUUCAAACCUUCUUGUGUUUUAUCUUGUAUUAGUGACCGAAGGCCUGCAACUUGUCCGGACGGUCUCUCCACACUCGCAAGGGAGAGAGAGUUUGCUGACCUUGAGUAAAAGGAGUAGGUUUGUGGAGAAGAAAGAUGUGGCAUCACCUGCUCAACUCACCAUGGCGGGACAUGUUCACUGAGCAGACCUUUGCUUUAACUUGAAAAGUGCUCCCUUUGGCAGCAUCGACAGCUUGGUGAUAACGUGGUUAAUAGAUCAUUUUACACCUCUGGCGCAGGAUUUGAUGGACUGCUUUUCAUGGUCUUUGCUUGGAACCUAGCUCGGUAUAGUGACUCCAUGCAGUUUUGCAUUUUAUGUGACGUCCCUCUGUUGGAUCUUACUUGUUUACUCUGGAUCUAAUACAGUGACACCAUUCGCUUGGAUAUUGUGGUGAUUCUUUUUGAGGGGUUUUUCAUACAAGUGGAGAUCGAGCAGUGCCUGAGUUUGGCCCUUGAAGAGUUUGAUUCCCUGUAAGAGGAGCACUUAUCUGGAUGUUUCCUAUGAAGAACACGGAUGGCCCUCGAUCUAGCGGCCUCCGCAAGAAGAGGAGGUCAAGGUCAGAGAGGGAUCGGGAGAGGAGCUCAAAUGGGAUAAGGAACCAUCAUGUUAAAGGCUCCAUCUUGCGAUUCUCCUCAGACUCAGAGCGGGAAGGCGACCGGGAGCCCUCCUCAUCCCGCCCUCGGCCCCCGCGAAGAAAGAGAAAGGAGUCUACUUGUGCUGAAGAGGACAUCAUCGAUGGCUUCUCCAUCACAGGGUUUGUAACCCUGGAGGCUUUGGAGAAGAACAUGACAUUGAAGCCCCAGGAGUGCAGAGACAACCAAGCAGGGCCCCUGCACAAGAAAAAGCCUGCCAGAGUCCCCAAUGGCCUGAGCCUGGAGCCAUAUAAGAACAAUCACCACCACCUCCAGCCUUCAGACCAGGAGAACAACCCCAACCUGGCACAUGCACAUGGCAAGAGGAAGAAGAAACACUUGAACAAGAAACACUCAAUGUUGAAACCAGGGCAGAACAACUGUAAGGAAAGUGACAGCGAGAGUGUAAGUGGAGAGUCCAAGCCUUCCUUCAGGAGCAGCUCCAGAGACAGGCUGACAGAUAUGUCAAGCCCCAGGAAUCCACAUGAUGGCCAUUCUACUGUUGUCUCCAUGACACACAAAUGUUGGCCUUGUUUCGCCUUCAGUUGUCUGUUACUGUCCCAUUUACACCAGAUUUUCAGUUCUCUGUUUUUUUUUUUUAACUGUCUAUGUUAAGAACAACCAGCUGAUGCUACUCUUUAAAAUUCACGCCAAGAAAAAGCUUGGCUGUGAAUUGAAAUGAAAAAAUCAAUUCUGUCUUUUGAGAUUGUCACCUCCCUUUGUGUAACCUGGAGACUGUGACAACAGGCACAUCAUGCAGUAUUAUUACUUCCACUUCAAUAAUAACAAAUCAAGUA